GUGUGUGUGUGUGUGUGUGUGUGUGUGUUAGUAAGUAUAGGUCUUUGUGGCUGGCGUGUACAGGGUGUGGCAUGUUUGGAGGGCUGUGUCAGGCUUUGUGCGUGGAUGUGAAUGUUUUUCUGCUUGUGAGGGAGGAAGUGAGGUGGAGGGGAUUAGUCAUUCUGCAGGAUUUUGCGUAGCAUGGCCAGAUGGCUGCUCCGGGCUUUCCUCUGUGUUCUGGGUGGAGGACGCGAACACUGAACCCUGCUCGUUUUGGAGGUAGGUGGGCAUCUCUGCCAGCCCACACGGCCAGGGGACAGGGAGAGACUUGGAUCCUCGGUGAGGUUGCUGGAGGGGUCUGGAAAAGGGCCGUGUGUAUGCCUGAUGCACACUGGACUGACUUCUGCUCAUGGAGAAAAUGGGUAAAUUGCCCUUAGAUAUCAACAUUCAGGAGCCUCGCUGGGACCAGAGCACUUUCCUGGGCAGAGCCCAGCACUUCUUCACUGUUACUGAUCCCCGAAACCUGCUGCUGUCUGGGGCGCAGCUAGAAGCUUCCCGGAACAUUGUGCAGAACUACAGGGCUGGCGUGGUGACCCCGGGACUCACUGAGGACCAGCUGUGGCGGGCCAAGUAUGUGUAUGACUCUGCCUUCCAUCCGGACACGGGAGAGAAGGUGGUCCUCAUUGGCCGUAUGUCCGCCCAGGUGCCCAUGAACAUGACCAUCACGGGCUGCAUGCUCACCUUCUACAGGAAGACCCCAACUGUGGUGUUCUGGCAGUGGGUGAAUCAGUCCUUCAAUGCCGUCGUUAACUAUUCCAACCGCAGCGGCGACGCCCCCAUCUCCACGCGGCAGCUGGGCACUGCCUAUGUGAGUGCUACCACAGGGGCUGUAGCCACAGCUCUGGGACUCAAGUCCCUCACCAAGCACCUGCCCUCCUUGGUGGGCAGAUUUGUGCCCUUCGCAGCGGUGGCUGCUGCCAACUGUAUCAACAUCCCCCUGAUGAGGCAGAGGGAGCUGCAGGUGGGUAUCCCAGUGACUGACGAGGUGGGGCAGAGGCUGGGCCCCUCGGUCACCGCUGCCCAGCAGGGCAUCUUCCAGGUGGUGAUAUCAAGGAUCGGGAUGGCAAUCCCUGCCAUGGCCAUCCCCCCAGUGAUCAUGGACACUUUGGAGAAGAAAGACUUCCUGAAGCGCCGUCCUUGGCUUGGGGCACCCUUGCAGGUGGGGCUGGUGGGCUUCUGCCUGGUGUUUGCCACCCCUCUGUGCUGUGCCCUGUUCCCCCAGAGGAGCUCCAUACACGUGAGCAGGCUGGAGCCAGAGCUGAGAGCCCAGAUCCAUGAGCAAAACCCCAGCAUCGAGGUGGUUUACUACAACAAGGGGCUUUGAGGAGGGCCAAUGCCUCCCUCACCUCCCUGGGCGGCUGCUUUAGGCUCACCUUGCUGUCUCUGCCGUUUGCCCAUCUGUCUGGUACUUGGUAGAUCAGUCGCCAGGAUGAGGCACACUUACACGCCUUUCUCUCUCUUAUCUGGUUUCAAAGAGCAGAGUAGUCCCUCCUGUGCUACCUACCUACAUACAUGAUACAUGUAUGUGUUUUUAUAAUUGGUCCUGGAAGCUAAGAGCAGACCUGCCAUCCUGGGAUGGUCCUGAUGUCUGGCUUCCCUCCUCAGUCUCCUUCCCGGCUACCAGCAAGCCAGGGUAUAGGUGAGACAUCCGUCCCUACACCAUUCCACUGGCCAAGUCGCUUCCAAUAGCUCUGUGCCCCUCUGGACACAGGAAAAACCCUAGGAAAGAAGUAGACCAACCUGGGCUGAAUCAUUCGGGUUUCUGAUAACCUAGCUUCCAAAAGUGGCUCAUGACCUGGGCUGGCAGAGGAAGCCUUGUAGGGACCAAGGAGGCAGGGGGGCCUGUGCGCCCCCUGGUGGCACUCCCACUCCCUGGAGUGGCUCCAUUUUCUGUA